UUGGUACUUUUGGUACUUUUGUUUGUCUAGUUCAAAGAAAGUUACCACAGAAGAAUUUCGAUGGUGACAGGUGCAUUUGUUGGGUUUUUUUUACAGCAGGAUUAGCUUUCAAAUGCAUAAAUAUUUACAGUUAAAGUUCACAGCAAAUUCUGUGACAACUGUAAAAAAACUGAUUUUCAAAACCUGUUUUUCCCCUCUGUGGUCUAAUGAAACAACCACAUCUAUUCAGAAGACAGUGACCUGUAAGCAAAGCAAUUGGAAAUUACCUGGUAGAAUUAGCCCAUUGCCAAUAGCAUUGGGUUUUUUUAUUAGCAACUCAGAAUUUAUCUUCCAAAAUCAAUGAGUCUCUACUUACAGAAAGAUGCUACACAUUUUUAUUUCCUUUAUUUAAUACCAUCUAUGCAGAAAUAUUGCUGUGUAGAGGAAUGUGUUUAUAACUUGUUUCUGCCUGGGUCUGCUAUGUAAAACAAACAGGGAAAGGACCAGAAAUGCAGUGUUGGGUUUCAGCUCUUGGUUACUAGUGUGCUUUGUGUCACUGUCUGAUGGCAUCAAAGGAAGAAAAAGAAGUCCCAUUACCAGAUAACAAAUGCCCUUCUAGUCUAAAACCAGUUUGCAGGUAAAACUGCAAACAUGCAGCUUGCAAAUAGUUGCAUUUUCCUGACAUAUAUUUUAUAUGUAGUAAAUAUACUGGUUUAUAUAGUAUGCAUAGCUUAUACUUUCUAUAUUAUAUAGUAUGUACAGAAACUAUAAAGUCUCUUACAUAUAAUUACAGAGGAUGAACUGCAUGAUUUCAGAAAUAGAGAAAAAGAAGCUACUACCUUUGCAGUGAUGAAUUACUCUUCCCCACAGUCUGUUCCUACUUAAGCAGGACAGAUUCCCAAUGAUCAACAGAUGUCUCCUUGCUCUUGUCAGCGCAACGUUCAUUCGCUUUUCCGAGUCUAUGAACCCCAUCUGCCUUGUUCUUACACAAGACAAAACAAUGAUCUCCUUCUCAGAUCCUUGGAAUGCAUCUACAGUGGACACCUUGACAGCUUUAAUUUUGGAAAGCUUGGUUGCUUUCCAUCAGGCUCCCUCCUCCAUUGCCCUCUUUCCACCUGAAAAUAACUCAAGGCACUGAAGAGCAGGUCUCAAUUUAAAAUCACUCCUCUUGCUUUCCAAGUAAAAGGCACUGUGGAGAUGGAUCCAAGGACCAUUUCUUAUGCUUGGGUUAUUCAGAAAUUGAGAUGUUUCUACAAGAAGUAGCAGUAAUCUUAAGAGAUUCUGUUCUAGGACAGAACUCUACUUAUGUGAAAUUCUUCAAAAGGCAGAAUGAAAAUUCAAGGACCAGAAGCUCCAUGCUGGGGGAAUGGAUGUUAUAAUGUCAACAUCAUUAUCAGUGUGACCUCAUCCAGGAAAAGAAUUUUCAGGGAAUGCAAGAAGUAGGCGAGGAAAGCAAUGUUACAAAAGAGUUUAAAAGGAUAUUCUGUGCACAGGGACAGCUCAAUCAAGCUCAUCUCUUGUACUCCAUUUAAAAUACACCGGAUUGCCACUGACAGUCCAGCAGUAGCAGACGAUGUUAAACCCAGGGGUAUCAAAUCUGAGUUGCUCACCUUAUUACUGCCAUUUCUGAUCUUCAGAAUUCCAUCUUGCCACGUUUUUGAUUUUUUCAGUUUUUGGUUACAUCUAACUUCCAGUUGGCAGAAUGACAGGAAUGGAGACUGAAACGGUGAGAGACAAAGCCACGGAGGAAGAAAGCACUGAACAAAAGAAAGAGAGAGAGAAAAGAAAGAGGUCAAGGGUUAAACAGGUGCUCGCAGAUAUAGCGAAACAAGUGGAUUUCUGGUUUGGGGAUGUCAAUCUCCACAAAGACAGGUUUCUCCGAGAGCAAAUAGAGAAGUCCAGAGAUGGCUAUGUUGACAUAUCACUUCUUGUUUCUUUCAACAAAAUGAAAAAGUUGACAACUGAUGGAAAAUUGAUAGCCCGAGCAGUUAAAAGUUCAUCUGUUGUAGAGCUGGAUUUAGAAGGAACAAGGAUCAGAAGACGCCAGCCACUGGGUGAGCAACCGAAGGAUGUGGAUAGUCGUACAGUCUACGUGGAGCUGCUUCCCAAAAAUGUCAAUCACAGUUGGAUUGAGCGGGUGUUUGGGAAGUGUGGUAAUGUAGUUUAUGUCAGUAUACCCCGGUAUAAAACUAGUGGCGAUCCAAAGGGAUUUGCUUUUGUUGAAUUUGAAACUAAAGAGCAAGCAGAGAAAGCUAUUGAGUUUUUGAAUAACCCACCAGAAGAAGCACCUCGGAAACCUGGGAUUUUCCCCAAAACAGUAAAGAAUAAGCCUGUUCCUGCAUUGAAUACAAGUAAUAGCAACGUAGUAGAAGAGAAGAAAAAGAAGAAGAAAAAGAAAUCUAAAAUCAAGAAAGAGAGCAAUGUGCAGGCUGCUGUAGAGACAAAGGAAUCUAACACGAAUGCUGCAACAGAGCAAGUACCAAAGUCAAAAAGACACAGAACUUCAUCCGAGUGUUCAGAAGGGGAGGUAACUGAGACUCACAGGCAGCCCUCAAAGAGAGAAAAAAGAAAAUGGGACAGAACAGAAAGCUCCGAUGCACCCUGGGAAAGCAGGCCAGGGAAGAGAAAAAGAACAAGUUCUGGAGGUUGCGAGACCUCAGCUUCAAAAGUGAGGAAAACUGUCCAAAAGGAUGAAAUUGUUCCUGUAAAGGAAGAAACAACAGAAGCUCCAAAAGACUCCAAUGCUAAUGUAGAUGCUUCUGCAGAAGAUGACAAAGAUAAAAAAGAUUCAUCACUUUCAAAAUCUAAAAGGAAACACAAGAAAAAGCACAAAGAAAGACACAAAAUGGGUGAAGAAGUCAUUCCACUCAGAGUGCUGUCCAAGACAGAAUGGAUGGAUUUGAAGCAAGAAUAUUUGGCCCUUCAAAAAGCCAGUAUGGCCUCAUUAAAGAAAACCAUGUCUCAAAUCAAGCUUGAGCCUGUGGGAGAGAUGGAAACAGAAUCCUGUGCCCAGAAAAAGGCCCAGUCUGAAAAUGGCAAAUCUGCCAGUGAAGACUCUGCCUCUUCUGCCAAGGCCAGCACAAUGGGACCUCAGUUCCUGAGUGGAGUAAUUGUGAAGAUCAUUAGCACUGAUCCCCUGCCGGGCAGGAAGCAGAUCAAGGAUGCUUUGGCAGCACUGGCUGAUGUUGCUUAUGUGGACAUGCUGGAGGGAGACACAGAAUGUCACGUCCGUUUUAAAACUCCUGAGGAUGCACAGGUUAUCAUGAAGUCAUACAAAGAAAUACAGAUCAAAAGCAACUGGAAAUUUGAAGUUCUCACUGGUGAUCAUGAACAACGUUACUGGCAGAAGAUUCUAGUGGACAGACAAGCUAAGCUUAACCAGCCUCGAGAAAAGAAGCGGGGUACUGAGAAGUUAAUUGCUAAAGCUGAAAGAAUGAGACUCGAAAAGACUCAACAAACAAGUAAACAUAUUCGCUUCACUGAAAAUAACUGACCAAGACUGAUUGUGCUGUUCAAAGUGACCUACUUACUUAAAAACCCCAAACUCCACAAACCCCACUGCUUACAGCAACUAAACCUUUUCUAAGGAGGCAUAAAAACCUGAUCUGUUUGAUUCAUAAUUCUGCAGGCUGCAAGUAUGAAGAUUAUUCUCAAUCCCAUUUGGAAAUAGGCUGAAUGUUUACCCCUUCUGUGCCUGUAGGUAAAGCUUUCUGGGGGAAAAAAGUAGUGUAUUAUGAGAUGUUGCUUUAGUUCACUUCUGAUUUUGGUUUUGGGGUGUUUUGUUCUUUGGGUUUUGUGCUUUUUUUUGUUGUUGUUGUUUGCUUUUUUUGUUGUAUGUUAAAGUUUUAUGCACUAGGUUAUGAAAUAAAAUGCUUGAGAAAUUUUCA